AUGGCUACCCAAGCUGGCGAUGAGGAUAAGAAAAUAUCCAUCACACCCCUUCUCAAACGACUCUGGCAUGAGUCACCCACAACCAAACCAACAGCCGACGAGAUAGCAGCAGCCCUCGCCUUGAUCUUCACAAACAGCCUAUCCGAAGUCCAAACAGGAGCCUUGUUGACAUGUCUCCAUUUCACAGACCAAGACAGACAAGCUGAAGUAUUAGCCAAAUGCUCCAAGGCGAUGCGGGAUUAUGCCACUGGCAUUGAUGUCAAAGGUCUCCAAGAACUCAUCAACCAACGAGGAAGGAAAGAGGGCGGCUACCAUGGAGGCUUGUGCGACAUAGUUGGCACAGGAGGUGAUUCCCAUAACACUUUCAACAUCAGUACCACAUCGUCCAUCCUCGCCAGCGCUCUUCUUAUGAUCGCAAAGCACGGAAACAAAGCAUCAACAUCACGUUCUGGCUCAGCAGACCUUCUGUCCUGCGCACCUCCGAAGCCACCGGUCAUCACCGCCAUCGCACCCAAUACCAUCCACGAAAUUUACUCAAAGACAAACUAUGCUUUCCUGUUUGCCCCUAUUUUCCAUCCGGGAGCUAGACACGCUGCUUCCAUCCGAAGGCAACUGGGCUGGCGCACUAUCUUCAACCUUCUCGGACCUUUGGCGAACCCGCUACAUGAUUUGAUUGAAGCGCGCGUUCUAGGUGUAGCAAGGAAAGAGAUUGGACCGGAUUUCGCCGAGUCGCUGAAGCAGUCUGGUUGCAAGAAGGGCAUGAUCAUCUGCGGUGACGAGGAAUUAGACGAACUCUCGUGCGCUGGACCAACGCAUUGCUGGCGAAUAGUCGAGGAUGCUUCUACAGGCGAGGCUAACAUCAACUACUUCACUGUUACACCAGCGGACUUUGGGCUUCCCGAGCACCCUCUUAGUGAAGUCAGCCCUGGGCAGUCACCCGAACAGAAUGCGCAAAUCCUUAUGAAGAUUCUGAUGGGCGAGGUUCCGCCAGAUGAUCCAAUCUUGCAUUUCGUUUACAUUAACACUGCGGCAUUGUUCGUCGUCAGUGGUAUCUGUGACGCGGACACGAGCAAUAUGGGAGAGGGUGACGAUGGAAAUGUCAUCAAAGAGGUUGGCCCAGGAGGUGGACGCUGGAAAGAAGGUGUCAGGAGAGCCAAAUGGGCGAUCUCGAGUGGAGCCGCAUACAGCGAGUGGCAAAAGUUUGUCGAAGUCACAAACAGCGUUGCAUAA